AUGGCCAAAAUAAAGUCCAAAAAAAACACAUUGGCUGGUUCACUAGACAACAAAAUCGCCGAUCUUAUUUAUCGUCUUUUAGAAGAAAAAACGCUGGACAGGAAGAGAUCUCUGAGACAAGAGAACCAAGGAGAACAGAGCGAGAAUAAUGAAUAUAAGGAAGACGAAGAUGUAUUUGAAUCGAUGUGUUUUGCGAAGGAUUUAACAGCAGGCGAGAUCUUUACCUUUUGCUUAACUAAGGAUUUAUCGCUUCAAAGAGUAAAGCAUGUUGUCUUGCAGAAGACCAUCGACCGUAUGCUCAAAGACGUUAUCGAGUCAGAGCUAGAAGAGUUUGGAUCUUAUCCGGGAUACAAUAAAGAAGAGGAAGAGAAAAUGAGUUUGGAAGAAGAGUUGGCCAAGAAAAACAUGAUGAUCGACCAGGACACGAACGAGAUGAAUAAACGCAUAACAAGCAUGUGGUCUAAAUCAGGAUCCGCUACUGAUCCUAUAACAGAUACAGAUGACACUAAAGUGGAAGAAGUUAAAAAGUCAAAGAAAAGGUCCAAAGAAGGCACAUCUAAGGUAAAACGUCAAAAAGUUAAGGAAGAUAGAUCCCCGCCUAAUUCAUCCUUGAAAACUCUGGGUGGUAUGGAUGAUGUCGUUGCACAGCUUAUGGAACUCAUAGGCCUACCGAUUCUACACCCAGAAAUAUUUUUAUCCACAGGAGUAGAACCGCCUAGGGGUGUUCUGCUACACGGCCCACCUGGUUGUGGUAAGACAUCAAUUGCUAAUGCAUUGGCCGGAGAAUUACAAGUUCCAUUUAUAUCUAUUUCUGCACCUUCGGUUGUCAGUGGUAUGUCUGGGGAAAGUGAGAAAAAAAUCAGGGAUCUGUUUGAUGAAGCAAAGAGUUUGGCGCCAUGUCUUGUCUUUUUUGAUGAGAUAGAUGCCAUCACACCAAAACGUGAUGGUGGUGCCCAAAGAGAAAUGGAACGAAGGAUAGUUGCUCAGUUAUUGACCUCAAUGGAUGAGCUGACGAUGGAAAAAACGAAUGGAAAACCUGUUAUUAUCAUAGGUGCUACUAAUAGACCCGACUCUUUAGAUUCCGCAUUAAGAAGAGCUGGCAGAUUCGACCGAGAAAUAUGUCUAAAUGUCCCCAACGAAGUCUCAAGGUUACAUAUUUUAAGGAAAAUGUCUGAUGAUCUGAAAAUAGAUGGUGCUAUUGAUUUCGCCAAGUUGUCAAAAUUAACCCCAGGGUUUGUCGGUGCCGAUUUAAAGGCUUUAGUUACUGCCGCUGGCACAUGUGCCAUCAAGAGAAUAUUCGAAACUUACGCUAACAUACAAUCUCCGCCCAAUACAACAGCGGAUAGUUCGGGGGAUAGGAUGGAGAUUGAUGAAGCUGCCAAUGAAGACGAAUCCAAUUUAAAGAAUACUGCAAACAUGAUUGACCCGUUACCUUUAUCCGUAGUUCAACAAUUUAUUCAUAAUUAUCCAGAACCUCUAUCAGAUGACCAGUUGUCAUUGUUAUCUAUCAAGUAUGAAGACUUCUUGAAAGCGUUACCUACGAUACAACCAACAGCAAAGAGAGAAGGGUUUGCCACGGUUCCAGAUGUAACUUGGGCAAAUGUCGGUGCAUUGCAAAGGGUCAGAAUUGAAUUAAAUAUGGCCAUUGUUCAACCUAUAAAGAGACCAGAACUUUAUGAGAAGGUGGGGAUUAGCGCUCCUGGCGGUGUUUUACUAUGGGGACCACCGGGAUGUGGUAAAACAUUACUAGCCAAAGCCGUUGCCAAUGAAUCUCGUGCAAAUUUCAUAUCCAUUAAAGGUCCGGAAUUACUAAACAAAUACGUCGGUGAAUCAGAAAGAUCCAUUAGACAAGUCUUCACAAGAGCAAGAGCAUCUGUGCCAUGUGUUAUCUUUUUUGAUGAAUUAGAUGCCCUGGUCCCAAGAAGAGAUACUUCUUUAUCUGAAUCUUCUUCAAGAGUAGUCAACACUUUGUUAACUGAAUUAGAUGGGCUGAAUGAUAGAAGGGGUAUUUUUGUGAUUGGUGCCACGAACAGGCCCGAUAUGAUUGACCCUGCCAUGCUAAGACCUGGUAGGUUGGACAAGACAUUAUUCAUUGAAUUACCUAACAUGGAAGAGAAACUAGAUAUCAUCAAGACUUUGACCAAGUCACAUGGGACACCAUUGAGUGGUGAUGUCGAUUUUGAAAAGAUCAUUAAAAAUGAAAAGUGCAACAACUUUUCAGGUGCUGACUUAGCUGCCUUAGUUAGGGAGAGUUCCGUCUUAGCUCUGAAAAGAAACUUCUUCCAAACGGAAGAAAUACAAUCCGUUCUUGAUAAUGACUUGGACAAGGAAUUUGAAGACUUAUCAGUAGGCGUAUCCAGUGAAGAAAUUAUUGUGACUAUGUGUGACUUCCAAAGUGCAUUAAGAAAGAUCAAACCCUCCGUGAGUGAUAAAGAUAGACUGAAGUACGAUAGAUUAAAUAAAAAGAUGGGUUUAACGGAGGAAAUGAAGGAUGCGGAGGAAAUGAAACAAUGA